AUGUCAGCUCUUCGCACCACCCUCCUCCCCCUGACCCGCAGGGCGGCGGGAUUGGCGACGACUACAAGCAAGAGGGCGUUCUCCGCGACGGCGGCAAAGAAGGGGGGCCACAGCCCCCAGUACGACCCGCCGACGGGGUGGCUUUUCGGUGUGAAGCCUGGGGAGAAGUAUGUCAACGAGGGGUGGGAGAAUCUGUACUUUUAUGGGUUUUUGGGGAGUUUUGUUGUUUUCGGGGUUGCUUAUGCUUGGAAGCCCGAUACCUCCAUCCAAACCUGGGCUCUCGAAGAGGCGAGGAGGAGAUUAGAAGCCGAGGGCAUCCUUGAGGAUCCCGACAACAAGAAGAACUAG